GAAACGCCUACAUUUGUUCUUUCAUCCCCAUUUCUCUCCAUCGGCGCGAGAGUCGAAUCGAAUUCUCCGUCGAAGGGCAGUGACCGGCCCCUUCCCAUGGACGCCCGCCACCUCGAGUCCUCCAUCCCGCUCCCCAUCGCCUACGCCCCCCUCCCCUCCGGCGCCGCCGGAGACCAUCCCUCGAGGCGCCGGACCAACAUCCGCCUCCUCUCCCUCGCCUCCGCCGCCUUCUGCCUCCUCGCGGUCGCCGCCUUCCUCUUCGGCGACCGCCGCGACCCCCUCCCCCCUGCCUCCUCCUCCAACUCCUCUUCCUCCUCCUUCCGCGUCGCAUCUCGCCCCGUCUCCCGCGGCCCCUCCGAUGGCGUCUCCGAGAAGGUCUCCGGCGCCUCCCCCACCCUCCUCUCCGCCUCCCCUCCCUACCCCUGGACCAAUACCAUGCUCCAAUGGCAGCGCACCGGCUUCCAUUUCCAGCCUCCCCAGAACUGGAUGAACGAUCCAAAUGGACCGCUGUGGUACGAGGGGUGGUAUCAUUUGUUCUACCAGUACAACCCGGACUCCCCGGUGUGGGGGAUCAUCUCGUGGGGCCACGCCGUGUCACGUGAUCUGGUUCACUGGGACCACCUCCCCCUUGUCAUGAUCCCCGACCGCUGGUACGACCUCCGCGGUGUCUGGACCGGCUCCGCCACCAUCCUCCCGACCGGCCAAAUCAUCAUGCUCUACACCGGCUUGACCAACGAGUCGGUCCAGGUCCAGAACCUGGCCGUCCCGGCCGACCCGGCCGACCCGCUGCUGAAAACUUGGGUAAAGUCCGACUCCAACCCGGUCCUCGCCCCCCCGCCCGGGAUCGGCUCCACGGACUUCCGCGACCCCACCACCGCCUGGUACGACCCGUCGGACGGCACCUGGCGGAUCGCCAUCGGCUCCAAAGACGGGUCCCACGCCGGUAUCGCGAUUGUCUACAAGACCCGUGAUUUCGUCCGCUACGAGCUCGUGCCGGGGGUGCUGCACAGGGUGCCGCGGACCGGGAUGUGGGAGUGCGUGGAUUUUUUCCCGGUGGCGGUGGAGGAGGGGACGGCGGCGGCGGUGGAGGGGAUGGACACAUCGGCGGCGGCCGGGGCCGGGGUGAGGCACGUGCUGAAGGCGAGCUUGGACCAGGACCGGAACGACUACUACGCCAUCGGCACGUACGACAUGGCGACGAACACGUGGCGGCCGGAGGACGAGGGGAUGGACGUGGGGAUCGGGCUGCGGUACGACUGGGGGCAGUUCUACGCGUCCAAGACGUUCUACGACCCAGAGAAGCGGAGGAGGGUGUUGUGGGGUUGGAUCGGCGAGACGGACAGCGAAAGGACCGAUCUUUUGAAGGGCUGGGCGUCGCUCCAGGGCAUCCCCCGGACUGUGCUUUUUGAUACCAAAACUAGAGGCAAUCUGCUCCAAUGGCCUGUGGAGGAGGUGGAGAAAUUAAGGAUGAGCAGCAAGGACUUUGGUAGGAUCACAAUUGACACUGGAUCGGUGUUCCCCCUCGAUGUCACUGGAGCCAUACAGUUGGAUAUAGAGGCUGAAUUUGAGAUCGAGAAGGAGGCAUUGAUGAUGGCCGUCGAGGCCGAUGUAGGGUACAACUGCAGCACGAGCGGCGGGGCGACCAAGAGGGGCAUGCUUGGGCCAUUUGGGUUGCUCGUCUUGGCUAAUGAUAGGCUAUCAGAGAAGACUGCAGUGUACUUCUACAUUGCAAGGGGAACAGAUGGCAACCUUCGCACUCACUUCUGCCAUGAUGAAUUAGAGUCAUCCAGGGCGAGUGACAUUGUCAAGAGAGUAGUCGGCAGCACAGUCCCGGUCCUUGAUGGUGAAACUUUGUCAGUGAGAAUACUGGUUGAUCACUCCAUUGUUGAGAGCUUUGCUCAAGGGGGAAGAACAUGCAUCACUUCUCGCGUCUACCCAACUGAAGCAAUUUACAAUGCAGCAAAAGUCUUUCUAUUCAACAAUGCCACCGGUGCUUCUGUGACUGUCAAAUCUCUCACCAUAUGGAAGAUGGACUCCACAUUCAGUCACCCCUACACCACUCAAGCUUAGAAUUAUUUAUACUCUUGCUCUCCUUCUUCACCCCUACGGCUUACCGAUUUGUUCAUCCAACCCAAUAGCCUCUUAUUUCCCAUUUCAUCCCUUUCAAUUGUAUGUAUUGCGACUUCAUUCAUUAGGAAGCUCGUUGUCGAGCUGCGUUCGCUCCCAUUUGGAGAAAAUUUUUCGGCAAAAUGGUUAUGUCAGGGAGCUCUCCUAUUGUAGUUAUCACUAUUGCCAUAGAAAAUUUAAAUACGAUGCUAAACCAACAUGGGGGCAA